CCUGGCCGGCACCAGCAACUUCCGGCUGUCUCCAGGCGACCCGUUCGGGAGCCACCCCCCUGCCCCCAAGCAGAGCUCCUGGCCUGGCCCUGCCCGGCCACGUUCUUUGGUGCAGCCCCCACCAUGAGGAGCCUCCUGCCUCUUAUCUGCGUUGCCCUGGCCUGCGAGAUGGGUGGUGCGACUCUGGCCAAGUCAGACCCCAAAAAAGUGACCUCCAAAACUCUCCAGGAGAAGACCCAGCUGUCCACCCUGACUGUCCAAGAACGGGGCCUAGUGGUUUCAGACCUCAAAGCUCAGGAUGUGGUGUUGGAGUACAGCAGCUACUGUGCCCAGAAAACCAAGCACAGACACUUCCCUGGACACGUCCUGGGUCUGGGGACAAAUCUCCAGGACAGAUCCUGCAGUGAAAGAGGGGACCUCGAUGAGAGUUCAGGACCCUGGCAGGGCUUAAGGGUCAAGAUGCCCAUCCCUGCCUCCUGUGUGACAGGGCCACUCUGCCAGGCUGCCCAGGGGAGGGGGGGCCUGAGGGGCUUCCUGGACUGGAUGAAAAGCGUUAAGAAGCAAGCGAAAAAUGUGCGCAUUGUGCCUCGGAUCUUGUUUGACAAGUGGACUCGCGACGACUACAAAAGCUUGUUUAGCAGUGAAGAUGAGAUAGAAGAGCUUGCUAAGACCUUCGUCCAGGUGGCACAGAAUAAGCACUUUGAUGGCUAUGUGCUGGAGGUCUGGAGCCCCUCCUUGCAAGAGCAGCAAAAAGAUCUCCUGCACACGCUGACUCAUGUUGUGGAGGCUUUGCAUCAGGCCCAGCUGCUGGUCAUCCUGGUCGUCCCGUCCACCAUCGUCCCGGGGAAGGAUCAUCUGGGGAUGUUUACUAAAAAGGCGUUUGACCACCUGGGCCCCAUGAUCGACGGCUUCAGCCUGAUCACCUACGACUAUUCUGCCGCUGAAGCGCCUGGCCCAAAUGCCCCCUUGUCCUGGGUUCGAGAUUGCAUCGAGAUCCUCGAUCCAGACUCCAAGUGGCGGGGCAAGAUUCUGCUGGGUCUCAAUUUCUACGGCAUGGAUUUCUCAGCCACCUCAGACUCGAGGGAACCAAUUCUCGGAGACAGGUAUAUCCGGGUCCUAAAAGAUCACAAGCCCAAGAUGAUCUGGCACCAAGAGUUUGCAGAGCAUUACUUUGAGUACAAAAGAAGCAAAAGCAGAAAGCAUUUUAUCUUCUUCCCAACCCUAAAGUCCAUUCAGCUGCGGCUGGACCUCGCCAAGGAGCUGGGCACCGGCAUUGCCAUCUGGGAGCUGGGACAAGGCCUGGACUAUUUCUAUGACCUGCUCUGAGGCCGAGAGCUGAGCCCCUGCACCUGUCCCUCCUCAAACUGAGCCAGGUUGUUUUUGUUUUGUUUUGUUUUUAAGAACUAGACUUUUGUACACUGUUGGGGGUGGCAGGAAGAUCUCUGUGGAAUACACGUGUCUGGUUCUUUCCUG